AGUCUUCAAAGAGAGAAUUUUGGGUUAAAGAUUGAUUCGUUAUUUCUGUCUUUCUGCGCAAUUUCUCAUAAAUUGGAUGCGGGUUGCUAUAACUAACAAAAGUUUACCCGGUCCUGAGGCUUUGACCGCCAGAAUGGUGGAUGAGUCCGUUGUGAAGGAUAAUGAAGUUGGUGUAAGUAACAAAAUGAAGGCUGUAUUUUAUGACAAGUGUGGAGGCCCUGAAGUAAUAACCCUUAGAGAGGUGGAUGCCCCCAUAGUGGGGGAUUAUGAAGUAUUGAUCCAGGUUGCUGCCACCACCUUCAACAGGAUGGAUCUUUGGCCACGAUUAGACGAAAAUGAUGAAAAUGAUGCCUCAAAGAAAUAUCCUAUCGGCAUGGAAUGCUCUGGGAAAAUAUUGAGAACCGGGAAAUUUGUGGCCGGAUGGAAGCAGGGUGAUGAGGUUUGUGCUCUCCUUCAGGGAGGAGGAUGUGCUGAUUUAGUGGCUGUACCUGCAUAUCAUAUCAUUUCACCUCCAAAAAAGUUGGAUUUAGCUUCUGCUGCUGCCUUGCCGCGUGCAGCAUGUCUCAUUUGGCAUUGUUUUUUUCUCAUGAACAAGCUUACCAAUGGUCAAAAAGUUUUGAUACAUGGAGGAGCAGGGGGAGUUGGAACAUUGGCGAUUCAGAUUGCGAAGCACUAUGGCUGUCAAGUAUUUGCAACCGCAGGAAGUAUUGGAGUAUGCAGAUAA